AUGGAGGAGUACCAGAAAUACCCAAUGGUUACAGCAGAUCAGUUGAGAGGGAGGAGGGAACGGCCUAGGAGAGUCAAGAUGUUGACGAGAGACUUCAUUGAAGAUUCUCUCUACAAUCCCUCAUACGGGUACUUUUCGAAGCAAGUGGUUAUCUUCACACCAGGUGAACCCUUCGAUUUCAAUAACCUGCAAGACGAACCAGAGUUCCAUCGUCUUUUAGGGCAGAGAUACACCGAGUUUGAAGACAAACUAGACGCUAUAGAACCCAACGAGACUCGACAACUAUGGCAUACACCCACCGAACUCUUUCGACCGUACUACGGGGAAGCUAUAGCCCGGUACCUGGUAGCCAACUACAAGCUCUCCCAAUACCCCUAUCACGACCUCAUAAUCUACGAAAUGGGCGCCGGAAACGGAACCCUCAUGCUCAACAUCCUCGACUACAUCCGCGACGCCGAACCCUCCGUCUACGACAGGACGAAGUUCAAGAUCAUCGAAAUCUCCUCCAACCUAGCCAAGCUGCAAGCCAGCCAACUCCUCAGAACCGCUGCUUCCAGGGGCCAUUCCUCCAAAGUGGAAAUCAUCAACAAGUCCAUCUUCGAAUGGACGCAGGUAGUCUCUUCCCCCUGCUUCUUCCUCGCCAUGGAAGUCUUCGACAACUUCGCCCACGACUCCAUACGCUACGACCCCGUGACUGAAGAGCCCCUCCAAGGAACAGUACUCAUUGAUUCCUCGGGCGAGUUCUACGAGUUCUUCCUCCCAACAAUCGAUCCCGUCGCCUCGCGCUUCCUACGAGUCCGUCACGCUGCCACUGGAGGCCAUUAUCCCACCCCGUUACCGCAAAGCAAGAUAUUGCGGAAAUUAAGGGCAAAGAUGCCGUUUAGUCCGAAUUUAAGUGACCCGGAAUACAUCCCAACGAGACUAAUGCAGUUCUUUGAUAUACUGGCGAAGUACUUCCCAAGUCACAGGUUGUUAACGAGCGAUUUUCAUGAUUUGCCGGAUACGAUCAGAGGGGUUAAUGCCCCAGUUGUGCAGACGAGAUAUCAGAGGCGGACCGUGCCUGUUACUACUCCUUAUGUACAUCAAGGAUAUUUCGAUAUCCUGUUCCCGACUGAUUUCAAUGUCAUGGAACUCAUGUACAGGGCUAUCACAGGCAAACUCACUCGUGUUCUCACACAUGAGGAGUUUCUGAGGAGAUGGGCGUAUGUGGAAGAGACGGAAACGAAGAAUGGAGAGAAUCCACUCUUGAGUUGGUAUAAAAAUGCCAGUGUCCUCACCACGGUGUAG